UAGAGGCUGUUGGUUGGUUCGAUGGUGUCCUGGCCCCAAUCUCAUCAUGUGCUCCCUACCAUUUUCUCUUCAUGCAAGACACAACUAUUACUGAAGACAACCCUCGAUCUACCAGAUCGAGAAACAAUUCCUCUCCUUCUGCUGGAAAUGUCAUUGACUUCACGAGACCUAUUACCAUCACAACCCCUGGACGCUACUUGCUUAGCAACCCUGACUCUGGCUGUAGUAUCAGUCUCUUCCAGGAUGUUUUCGCAAGUCAAUUGUGUGAUCAGUUCUCUUGUGAAAUCGAAAACACUGGUGCCCUCAAACAGUACACCACAAUCCACAAGCAGGCUCAAGUGCAUCUCCCACGACUGUCAUCAUGGUACGGCCCUGUUGACUAUGCAUUCUCAGGAAUCGUGAUGAAAGCCAACUCCGUGUCAGAAUGUCCUCGUCUUGUUGCAGCAUAUCAGCACAUGGUGGAAAAUCUCUUUGAACCCAACAACAUCGAUUGUUCCUCUGACUGCUUUCUGAUCAACCAGUACAGAACAGGUCGGGAUUCUUGCGGAGAACAUAGCGAUAAUGAGCCAGAGGUCGACCUCUCAAAACCUGUUGUUACUCUGUCACUCGGACAACAACGCUGUAUGCUCAUCAGAGAGGCUAAGAACUCUGGAAAUGCCAUCACAAUUAAACUUGACCAAGGUUCAGUUCUUGUUAUGCAUGGUACUGAUUUCCAGAAAAAGUACACUCACCAAAUACCCAAAGACAAUGCAAUCACUGCUGCACGCACAUCAGUGACCUAUAGGACCUGCAGCUCCAGCUUCCUGCGUGAAAGAAACGCCUUAUCUACACCUCUUACUGAGAUGCCUAUCACUCCUGUACUUGCGAACCUGUACUCACGAACUGUACUUGCCCCCAAGUCUACAGCUGAACCAGUAAGCUCCCCGUCGCUGCACAACAGACGUAGAUCUUCUCUGUCACUAUCUGGCCUCUCGCAAAUCAACAGCAUGGACAGCUCCCCAGUUGGAUCUCCUCUGGCAUCAAGCUCUCCCUCCGUGACCAGCAGUAAAACUUCAGUGUCUAAUAGUGAGACAUUCCCUCUCAGUUUGGAAGCCAUGUUAGAAGCCAUUGACUCAUUGAAAGAAAAAACGGUGAAAAACGAACUUUCUCGUCAUGGCAGCUCAAACUCAGGGUCCCUCAUUGACUGUAAGAAACGACUCAAGAAAGCUGUGAAAGCAUGCCACAAACGCCUUAGCGUGCUUCUUCUUGAGCCUCCUUCCACCUCAGCUGAGCCUGAUUGCGUCACCCAUUCCCUCCAAACCAUGGAAAACUCUGUUAUUGAUCUUCAAGCUAAAAUUAGUCUGCAACACACCACCCUGCAAACUCUUGUAUUGUGUUCUGACGAUAAAUCCAGUCAAAAAGGUAGCACCAGCUCCCCUAAUUUGUCCAACGAACUGAACACUGUGGACAAGAGACUCGAGAAGCUUGAAGAAAUCAUGAGCAGCAUCAACUCAAAACAACAAGACACUGCUACCUCCCUCAAAGCCUUUGAAGUUAAUAUCACUGCUAUUAAGAGCGAGGUUGAGGACUCUAAGGCCUGCCUGCAGUCUCUCCAGCUCAAAGACCAUACAAAUCCCUCAAACAAAAGGCCCUUGCCCCACUCUGCUCAAAACCAGAACCGUGGAAGGUCAAAUGGCACAUUCCCUGACUCUCAUAGAAAAACCAGAAAACCAAGAAAAGUUCUCCUCCUUCAUGACUCCCAGAUGAACGGAUUUAUAGCAGAGUCUUUCUCCUCUGGGUUUAAGGUUGAAAAAAUGAAAGUAGGUUCCUAUUCUGACCUAAACGGAAAACACAUGAGAGAUGUGAUUAAACAACCAGAGGUUGACUGUUACAUUCUUCAGCUUGGAGUAAAUGAUUACAGAUAUAAAGACCGUCCUGUAAAUAAAGCAGUCGAGGAUGCAAAAAAAGCCAUUGACACACUCCUCUCUAGCUCCAGUGCUAAGAUUGUCGUCUCCCUGCCCACUCCAACUCCUGGCCCAUUAAGUGAUUUAACAAAACAAUUUGUCUCGGAAAUCACCCAAUUUGUCUCCACGCAAAGAGAACUAAGUGACUUACACCGGCGCCUCUUCACUGUAAACAACACUGGAAACUUUUCCCGUGCCAUCUCUGCUGCCGGGUCAUCCCAAGACUCUCCUAACCCACUGAAGGAAGACCAACUUCAUGUCUCAGAGUAUGGUCUAAAAAAACUUUGUGUUAACAUAAAACUUGGCCUUUAUCGUGCCUUUGGUAUGAGAUCCCAUAGAAUGCAGCCCUCUACUGCAGAGCGCUAGAAUAACUCUAAAAUUCAAAAACAAAC